GCUACAUACUCAUCUUUCGCAGGUGAAUAUGAACUCCUUCCGAUUUCAGUCAUUAGACCACCAACCGCACGAAGUGUCAGACGCUAUGACGCCGCCGUGGUGGGAUUGGGAUGGAAAUAUUUUUGCGACAAAAUGUUUCCUCGUAAAUUCGUGCCAAUCCUUUUUGCUCUACUGGGAAAAUACGUUUUUGGCCAACGAUUUAUCCGUGACUGUGCAGAUCCCUUGAUACAGGAUCAUGCCCUGAAUUCUGCCACCUUCAGCCACUCUUUCUGCUAUCACUCGUGCGGGUACGAUCUUUUGGUGGAGGACAUGACCAACACGGCCACCUGUACGGCGAGUGGGAUCUGUCAGUGUAAUCGACCCUGUGGAACGGCCCCCCCUUCCGUCCGGUUUGGUGACCGGUGUCCCCCCGAAUCCGUUGACCCACCCGACCCCGACCCCACGGCUGGGGCACGGUGCAACCAGCAAUGUUCCACCCUCUGUCCCGGCGGUGCAGGAGCAAUCUGUGGAGAAGUUUAUGGAGGACCGAUCAUCCCAACGACUGAUUCCUACGCGAAAAUUUGCACCUGCUACUGCCCGCCGUUACCCUGUUUCAACCCGAUCAGUUUACUAAUUGCUCUUAAAGGAGUUAUCAUUUUGAAGAAGAAGAUUCUGUUCUUUAAAUUGUUCAAGGUUUGGAUCCUGUGUUUGAAAUUGUGGGCGUGGUGUUGUCUCAAAAUUCUCCUUCUGUGCCUCCUCCCCUGGUUGUGGGAGCCUGUGAAGUGUUUCAUAACGGAAGUGUGGCCUGCGUUCGACUGGGUUUUGUACAACCGGCUCAGUUCGUAUGGUUAUAGGAGUUGAUUCGAUUAAAUCGCUGCAAGAUAAUUUAAUAAAUGAAUUUGUGACUCAGGCUAA